GGAAAGGGUUGUUAGUUGUCAGGAAGGGAUAGCAGUCGGUGAGGAACGCUUCUGAGUCUUCAAUUGACUACCCAAUAUUAAAACAACCUUCGAUAUUCAUCUAUUUGGAUACGGAAAUAUAUUGGGAGCAGGUUUUCGAAUCAAACCGAUGAAAACGGAUACAGGAAAGCCGCUGAGAAAAGCAUAAACUCCGUCGAAUCGUCUUAACAAAUGUACUACUAAACGAAAGGAAGUAACUUGCCAUACUGGCGAAGCUCUUUAGAAUCUGAAUGUCAACUUCAUUUGUGAUGGAGUUGAGCAGGCAACUCUGUAUGAAGAUGAGGAAAAGUAAGAAGACCCAAUUUUCCUCCCUUCCUGCUUCUACUUUGGGCCUGGAGAUCCACUUUUACAUACCAGAAAUACGCCACCUGGAGUACAUCAAAGGAACUUACACAGCUGAGGAGCUGUGCGUCACUGCUGCCAAGAAGUGCACCAUUUCUCCAUUGUGCCAUAAUUUGUUUGCCCUUUACAAUGAUGCAACUGGCACCUGGUACUCUCCAAGCCACGAGUUUGACAUCAAAGAGGACAGCGGUAUCAAGUUGCACUAUCGCAUGAGAUUCUAUUUUAAGAACUGGCAUGGCACCACAGAAGGAGAGUCUCCAGUUUGGAGACACUGCCUCAAUAAACUCAGAGGACAGAGCCCACAGAAAACACCAGAGGGAACGCCGCUGCUUGACGUUGGUUCCCUUGAAUACCUUUAUUUCCAGUGCCAACAUGAUUUUCAAACGGGCAAGGCUCCCCUGAGGGCAGCCCAGUCAGAAGCCGAGCAACAUGAGAUAGAAAAUGAAUGUUUGGGCAUGGCCGUGCUUGCCAUUACUCACUAUGCCAAGGACAUCGGUAUACCCUUUUCAGCAGCUUCCCGUGAGAUGAGUUACAAGCGUUUCAUCCCGGAGUCACUGAACUCCAUCAUAAAGCAGCGGAACAUCCUGACCCGCAUCCGCAUCAGCAACGUGUUCAAGAAAUUCCUUGCUGAAUUCAACACCCAAACAGUUGGGGAGAGCAACAUCACCUGCUAUGAUCUGAAGAUCAAAUACCUGGCCACCAUGGAGGGGCUGACCAGCAGAAUGGGCUGCGAGCUCUUUGAGCCCGUCUCCCUGGCUAUAACACAAGAGAAGGAACUCUCCAAUGGAGGUUACUAUGGGUACUAUAACCAGAGCCAGCUGCAGACAAAAUGUCAGAAUCAGAACUUGGAGGCAAGCAGUGACAUGCAAGUUCUUGUCAUUGGCACCACCGGCAUUUCCUGGAGGCAAAAACCAGCAGCUGUGCCAGUGAUGCCCAAAGACAAAAGCAAGUCGAAGAGCAAGCAGGAUGAAAAACAGAAGAACAGGAAUAAGGAGACGGAUGAUGGCUGGGUGGUUUUUUGUGAUUUCCAUAUGAUCACACACACAGUCAUCAAAGAGACAACAGUCACGAUCAUGAGACAAGACAACAAGAAGAUGGAACUCCAACUGCUGUCAAGGGCUGAAGCCAUGUCCUUUGUGGCACUUGUUGAUGGGUAUUUCAGGUUAAUUGUGGAUGCCCACCAUUACCUGUGCAAGGAGGUGGCACCUGCCCUGGUGGUGCAGAACACAGAGACUGGUUGCCAUGGACCCAUCUGUACUGAAUAUGCCGUCCAAAAGCUGCGACAGGAGGGCAAUGAGGAAGGAACCUACAUACUGCGCUGGAGCUGUACUGAGUACAACUUCAUCAUCAUCACUGUGGUCUGUCAUGAGAUUGACAGCUUCACUAUCCAGUAUAAGAACUUCCAGAUUGAGGUGGACUCUGAUGGCUACCGCCUGUAUGGAACGGACACAUCGCGGCCCACCUUGAAGGAGCUGCUGGAGCACCUGGAGCGUCAGUGUCUCCACACCGACAACAUGCAGUUCCAGCUCAGGCGCUGCUGCCCUCCACAGCCAAGGGAAAUUUCUAACCUUCUUGUGGUUACCAAGGAGAGAGCUUCCAUCUGUCAGCCAACAAAGCAUGAGAGGGAGCUCUGCAUCUUCCACCGCAUUCCCAAGGAGGACAUUGAGCAGGAGGAGCACCUGGGCGUUGGUACAAAAACCAACAUAUACCUGGGCACUCUGAGGGUCAAAAAUGAGGAAGAUGAAGAUGCAGGUUACACAUCUUUCCAAGAGGUCAAGGUCGUCCUGAAGGUGCUUGGUUCUGGACACAGGGACAUUUCUCUGGCCUUCUUCGAAACAGCCAACAUGAUGCGACAAGUGUCUCACAAACACAUCGUGCUGCUCUAUGGCGUGUGUGUUCGUCAUCAGGAGAAUAUCAUGGUGGAAGAAUAUGUCCAGCUAGGACCGCUAGAUGUGUUUAUCAGGAGACAACAGAGUCCACUGAGCACCAGGUGGAAAUUCCAGGUGGCCAAACAGCUGGCCUCCGCUCUUAGCUACCUGGAAGACAAAAAGCUGGUCCACGGCUUUGUUUGUGCCAAGAACAUUCUGCUUGCCAGAGACGGACUGGAUGAAGAGGAGGGAGAGCCCUUCAUCAAGCUCAGUGACCCAGGAAUACCAAUAACGGUGCUCUCCAGGGAGGAAUGUGUGCAUCGCAUCCCAUGGAUUGCUCCUGAAUGUGUGAGGAACCCGUCAGAAUUGAGCGUGGCGGCUGAUAAGUGGGGGUUCGGUACCACCCUGUGGGAGAUCUGUUACGAUGGAGAGGUUCCUCUCAAAGAGAAGAAGCUGACGGAGAAGGAGAGGUUUUAUGAAGCUGAAUUCCAGUUGGCCACCCCAGACUACAAGGAGCUUGCUGAACUCAUGACCCGCUGCAUGAACUAUGACCCCAAGAAGAGACCCUUCUUCAGGGCUAUCGUCAGAGACUUGGAUGUACUAGAAGAAAAAAGUCCAUUCAUCAAACCAUGUCCAAUACAGCCGGUGGACCCGACUGUAUUUGAAACCAGAUUCCUGAGGAAGAUCAGAGAACUUGGAGAGGGUCACUUCGGUAAGGUGGAGUUGUGUCGCUACGACCCUCGGGGAGACCGAACGGGUGAAAUGGUGGCAGUGAAGUCCUUGAAGCCCGAGAACGGCGAGGAACAGAGCAACAACCUCCUCAAAGAGAUUGAGAUCCUAAAGGCUCUUUAUCAUGAAAACAUCGUCAAAUACAAAGGCAUCAGCCAGGAAGAAGGUGGAAAGACCAUCAAGCUGAUAAUGGAGUAUCUUCCACUGGGCAGUUUGAAGGAGUAUCUUCCCAGAUACAAGAGCCAGACCAGCCUUGGCACCCUGCUAAGCUACUGUAUCCAGAUAUGUCGGGGCAUGGAUUAUUUGGGAUCUCGGAACUACAUCCACCGCGACUUGGCAGCCCGAAAUGUGCUGGUGGAAAAAGAAGGCAUGGUGAAGAUCGGAGAUUUUGGCCUCACAAAAAGCCUGAAGGAAAACAACGGUUAUUACACGGUCAAGGACGAAAACGACAGCCCCGUCUUCUGGUAUGCUCCUGAGUGUCUGACUCAGUGCAAGUUUUACCUCGCUUCAGAUGUCUGGUCCUUCGGUGUGACCAUGUAUGAAAUCAUCACCUACUGCGAUUCGUCCAAAAGCCCAAUGACGUGCUUCCUAGAUAUGAUCGGGAGAGCUCAAGGCCAGAUGACCAUUGUCCGCUUGGUGAAUGUUCUGCAGGAGGGAAAAAGACUGGCUUGUCCUGAAGGUUGCCCUGGCCGUGUGUAUGAGCUGAUGCGGAAGUGCUGGGAGCACACUCCGGAGCGGAGAAUCACCUUCAAGCGUCUGAUUGAGGAGCUGUCCAUCCUGCAGCAGCACCACCAACAGAACAGCCUGUAAACCUCCACAAGGUUCUGUUGUGAAAGCAACAUGGGACCAGGAGCGAGCUGCCAAAUCAGACCAUUAGCUGCAUGUUCAGCUUCACGUCGCAGAGGAAAUCCUGUCAUAAUCGCCCAUAAACUUUCAGCGUCAUCUGGGGGAAAAAAAAAAUAUAUAUAUAUAUGCCUAACCGUACUUUUAGAUACUUCGCAUUUGGAACUUAUAAUCCUGAUAUUUCCUGUUGUGAUGAACAUUUAUGAAGAAAUGAAUCUUAUAUUCUACAUAAAGUAGUUGAUGUUUCUGGACCUGCUGGGAUACUGUAGUGCUCUGAAGAACCGUUCAUCAUGAAAGGAUGAACGGUUUGUGCCGCUGCUGGGUCAUGGACUCCUUUUUUGAGAGAAAAAUAGCACGAUCCGAGUUGAGAAUCAUGGAUUUUUAACGGUUUACAUAGAUUUGUUGUGCAAAUGCAGCUUCCAAGAGGUGGAAUUAAAUUAGAGCCAGUAAUCAAAUAGCUGUAUGACUUUCAGUCCAACACAGAAAGAUCAGUAGCACAAUUUUAAUUGGAGUAAAUUAAUCUGAAGUCGUAGAAAAUGUCCAACUUGAUUGGAAAGAACCAUCAUCUUGCUUUGCAUCAACUGUUUAACCUGCAUUUGCACAGGAACUGUGUUUUUGUUUGUAUCUUUUUUUUUUUUUUAUUGUGCAAUUGAUCAGUGAGCCCAACAUGCUGUAACGUUAAACAUGGUUAUGGAAAAGUGUUUCUAAGACAGGCAGUGGGGGGCAGCAGUGCUUCACUUUCCAUCCGUUUUGCAGCCUUACAUGGAGCAAGUGGAGGCAUGUCGGAACCCAUAAUCUGUAAAUGCUCUGCUGCACAAGAGCAACAGCUGCAAAGUUCACCGGGAGACGACGUUAGAUGGGCAGGAGUUGCUCCAACCAAGUGACUUUAUUUUAAAAUAAUCCCACAUUUUAUGGUUGAACAUGUUUAUGCAUAUAACUUUUUUUUUUUAAAUGUAGUUUCACAAUACUCCACAAGUAUAAAAAGUGUAUUUAUCCACAUUAGUGGAAUUGCUUGGAGCUGAAGGGACUUUUUCUGCUCUAAAUGCCACCCAUGGGUCCGUCUGUCAGGCAGAGACGACAUGGUCAAGAUUACACGAUGCGCUUUAAUCCACAUUUUAUUUAGGAAUGUAAAAGGCAAAUCCUUCUGCUCUAAGAAAAAACAUAUGUAUAAUUUUUCAAGAAAAAAAAAGAUACAUAAACUCUUAAUGAAAAAAUAAAUAAAAGGUCUCAGUUUUCUUUUAAGUUUAAAGCAACAUGUUCAAAUGAAAAUGGUUCUAUAUUGUACAGCAGUGUGAUGUCAUGCCAAAUCUGCUCUAGAAAUAUCUUAGCAGUAAAACAAUAUUAAUGUCAGUGUGAUAUAAAAUUCCCCAAACUCUAGUUUGUUAGAAAACACACUUGAAAAGGAAAAAUGUUAGUGUGGACCAGUAAACAGCCAAUUGGAAAUUAUUUACAACCAUUAAAUUGGCCAAAAAACAAAACAAAACAAAAAACACCCAAGUGUAUAAAUAUUGCAAACAUGUGAUCAAGAAACUUCCAUGUUCAUUCACUGUUGCAAAGUGCAACCUCUACUGAUCAAUCUGUAAUGUGCAGAUUCUCACAAGUACACUGUGAAACCCAACAACAGAACAGGAAGUCUGAAUUUUAACCUAAACUCAGAGUAAUUCUACCUGCUAAUACAGACAGAUUGUCAUCUACCUGCAGUUUUAGCAGUGGCAACAGAGGAAGAGAAUGAAGCCGUCCAGACCGUGUUGGUCACGCUUUUCAUAUAUUGAAUUAAAACAGCCAUGUUGUUCCGCUGGGCAUUUCUGUUUUCUCAGAACGGUUGUUUACAGCACAGGGAAUUUCCGGUAAGCUUCAUAGUGUCGAAUUGGUGCAUUACAUACAUCACAGCUAAUCGUUAGCGCACUGUUGGCACGCAACCCAUGCACAUGGCGUCAGAGGCCUGUUGACCUUUGCCGAAUGUCUUCCCCUCUCUCACAAUCCGCUUUUCUGUCAAAUAAAGCCCCCCAGAGCCAAGAUAAUCUUUUGAAAGAAACAAAUGGAAUUUUCACAGUCCAUGCCUCCAGGAAGCAAUUGUUUCUCAAUAGCUGAGGGUCCCUGUAUGAAGUGAAGAUUUUCUGCUCAAUUUAAUUCCUCCAAAAAUCUAUUUGUUGCGUCAGACCACCAUCGCCUUAUUUCAGAGAAAAUCACACACUAGCAUGCUAUUAGCUUCAGUUAAUGUGUGUGUUGAUCAGAAUGACACAGCCAAACUCAAAAUAGAAAGAAAAAUUUAGAGAAAGUAAUGCCAUCUGUCACCUUAGCAUCUCUAAUAAUCCCUUUCUCUGUUGAUGCUGAGAAUGAUUCACUCUGCAGGUAACAAGCGCACAGUUUGGUUCGUAUCCCCCAAGCAUCGAGCAGACAUGUGACAGCUCUACAGGUGCCUGCACAGCGCAGUAGUCUAGCAGACACAACACACUGUCUGCUCGCUUCAGUGAGCGAGCAGACAGUGGAGGAAUAAUCCCUGCAGGCUGAGCGGCUGAAGGCAGCUGAAGUUGUUUUCCCCCAAUUUUCUUUCAGUCUCUCUCCCCCCAUUUCUCCGUUGCCUUCCAGGAACUCAUUUUAAGAGCAUGACAAAGACAAACGCAAAGUGUCAGUGGAUGGAACGUCGGUUCAUUAUCUGCAAUUCAAUGGAUCACGGCAGCCGGAACUGAGAAGUUUUAAUCAACUCAAGAAGCGGCAGACAGAAACCUACCAAGAACAAAUAAACAAAGGAGCGACAGAGUGUUAAUUUAUAAUUACUCACAUCUCCAGCCGAUUGCUUCUUACAGGAAGACGAUUAAAGUCAUGUACUGACAGAUACUGGCUGGAAAUGCUCUUUGCUUCAGCCAUUCACACAUGAGACAUGAAACUGGAAGUCUGAAAUGAAUCCAAGCCCAUUGUCUGUCUAGUUUGGUGAAGAAUCUUUUGGUGUAAAUAAAAUAAAACCAACAAUACUAUCCCACAACUCUCUCUGCAGAUACAAAAAGCAAACAGUGGGUCCAGAUGAAGCAUCCCUUUUGUGUAAAAUAAUAAAAUAGAUGAACAUUUUAUACAUACAAUAGAUCAGCAUGUCCCUCCAUACUCCUCCACCCAAAUCACACAAAUAAUCCUAACGUUUUUAAGCAAAUAUACAGAACACUCUGGCAGCCUAAAACACAGCACAUCAAUUCAAAGCUUUGCUUAAUGCAUUUUUUUUCCAAUUAAAUAUUAGUAGUUACUUGAAAGUCUACGCAGGUACAAGUAGAAAAUGCAAAAACAAUUAAGCAUGGUGGAUGCAUCUUUAUGAGGGGCUAAUUUGUUGCUGCACAUAAAAAUGUCACUUAAAAUUGUAUUGAGACAAAGACUGGACAAAGUCUUUGUCUCACAGAGACAUCGAACUGAUGAGACGAUGAUACACACACACAUAAGUCAACGGUUCUGAAAUGAUGGAUAAUUUCUCCUCAUAACCGUCUGCUGUGUAAUAAUAGAAAAUAUAUAAUAUUGCGCUACUCUAACACAUCCAAAUGAAUCUAAAAAUCAUUUCAGUAAUCCAGUAGCUCUCAAUACAAGGUAUGCAGUUACACGGGAAGGUACACAAAGCUUCAUUUUCACGAUCUGAAGUGGUUUGUCUGUAUUCUCAAACAAUUCUGAGAUGGCGAUAAUGGCAUAUUGUGAAGAAAAUGAUCAGUACAACAGACAGAAAUCUAUUUGAAGCAAAAGUAAAAGAUGGCACAGCAGACAAGCUCAACAAAUGCUUUUCAAAUCCUGCUGCCUCAAUCUUAAGCUCCUCCUGUGGCUACGACACAACGCUCACUCCUUGGGCGUUUGUUUCCAUCUUGAAAUAAGACCAAUCACUGUUAUAGCUGCUCACUAUGGAGGGAAAUCCAUUUCCAGUGCUGGAACAGACCAGAGUCCACCGUAAUGUGUGAGAGUGGUCUGAGUUGAGUGAGUAAGGAUAAAGCUAAAAGGAAAAAAAUAAAAAAAGAGCAGCGCAAAUGCAAAAUGAUCUCAACCCAAAAAGAUGUAAGGACAACAGUUUUUUCUUAAUAGGAGACAAAGUGACGAAUCAAAAAAGAAUGAAACUACAAAAACCAAAUUACAAACAUGAACCGAGUCAUUUGGAUCCACAAUAUUAAUAAAUUGUAUUACUAUGACAAUAACAAGAAGCAGUAGCAAUGCUUGUAGAAUUAGACAAAAAAA